GAAAAGUUGUACCAGGAUGAUGCGGUAUGGAUCACAACUAGCAGUUUCAUCAUUUUCACCAUGCAUUCUGGUUUUGGCUUAUUAGAAAGUGGUAGUGUCGCAGCAAAGGAUGAGGUGAACAUUAUGGUAAAGAAUGUUGUCGAUGUGGUCUUCGGUGGAUUAGCCUAUUGGGCCUUCGGUUAUGGACUUAGUUUUGGUAAUGGAGCCUACAGUAAUGCUAUCACAGGAUGGGGCAAAUUUUUUUAUAAUCCCCAAAGGGACUUUGAUUCCCCACGUGAUGAAGGCUGGGCCUAUGCAAAUUUUUUAUUUCAACUUAGUUUUGCAACAACCUCAUCAACAAUUGUUUCUGGUGCUGUAGCUGAACGUGCUAAACUCAAAUCAUAUAUUUUACUUGGAUGUAUCGUAAUUCUAAUACAAGCAUUACCUUCACAUUGGGUGUGGGACAGUCAAGGAGUCUUCUUCAAAUUAGGCGUCGUUGAUUUUGCUGGCUGCUCAUGUAUUCAUAUGGUUGGUGGCAUCAUUGGAUUAGUGGCUACCAUUUAUUUAAAGCCACGUCGAAAUCGAUUUAAUGAAAAUUCGGUGCAUCAAAUGAGUUCACCAACAAAUGCGCUUCUUGGAACCUUUAUGCUUUGGUGGGGUUGGUUUGGAAUCAAUUCUGGAUCAGCUUGUGGUGUAACAAAUGGUCGUUGGAGACUUGCAGCUAGAGCAUCAGUGGCGACAAUUAUGAGCUCAAUAGGAGGUGGUGUCACAUCAAUUACAUUCAGUUUUGCUAAAACAAAAAAAUUGCAAGUUAAUUAUCUAAUCUUUGGAUUACUAUCUUCAGUGGUUGCCAUUACAGCAAUUUGCGCCGUUGCACGACCAUGGCAUGCAUUAUUGAUCGGUGCAAUCAGUUCAACUAUUUCCAUCUCAGUAAUACCGGCUCUGGAAUUUUUAAAAAUUGACGAUCCGGUUGGCAUUAUACCAAUUCAUCUUACAUCAUCCAUAUGGGGUAUGUGCGCAGUGGGUAUUUUUGCGGAGGAUGAUCAAGUGUUGGCAGUAACAGGUGGACAUUAUGGUUUGAUAUAUUCGGGAAGUUUUAAAUUGCUUGCAAUACAAAUGAUCUGCACAGUGACUGUCCUGGUCUAUAGCGCCAUCUUUGGACUUCUUGCUCUAAUUAUCUUGGGUAAAAGCCCUCUUGGAAUACGGGUUACAGAUUACGAGGAACAGAUUGGCGCUGAUGUCAUAGAACAUGGUUUAGCUGGCACUAACAUUGCUCGAUAUCAUGUUGAAAAGCCUUUAUCAUCAAAAACUUUUGCAACUGUCACAAAAGCAAUAACAAAAUGGAAACUUCAAACACGUGCUAAUCGAGCACUACGUGAACAACAUGUUGCACUUGGUUAUCGACGAGAACCAGAUAAUGGUACCAUGUUGAUUCGACAACGCAAAAGUAAACUUUCUAAUGGUGGAUUCUUAUCAUUAACUCAUCAUAUUCGAUCACGGAAUUUGUCUUCACGUGCAAAAAUGCCCACUACUCCUACAGUAACACUUUCACCAAACAUUUCAAAAGAAGGCAAUUUAUUACCUCAACAGUUUCGACAUUCUGUAACAUCGUUUAGAAGAAAAGAAGAUGAUAUAAAAUGUGCGAAAAUCGGUGAAAUGUUAUUUACUUUUAAACGACGAAUGGACGAAGAAAAUGGAAAAGUAAACUUUAAAUAG